CACACACGUGUAUGUUUGUGUCAGAGAGCAGUGUGACCUACAGGCUGACAUGCAGAGACAAAGCUCAUGUACGGAUGAUGAUGACACUGAAACCAGUGAAAUCUGCGAAGAAGAAACCCCCCCAAGCCAUCAGUGCGACACGUGACCAAACGUCAAACAAAGCGGCAGGCUGAAACUUCGACUUCGUAACUUAGUAGAGACAAGUAGUCUGCGAAGGCGCUCAAUGAAAGGAACAUGUCCCCUGCUCCAGCAGAUCAGUCGGCGCGCAAACCCCUGGAUGGCGGUUGGGGUUGGAUGGUGGUGAUUGGGGCGCACAUUUCCAUUGGAUUUGCUUACGCCACGCCCAAAGCCCUCUCCAUUUUCUUCAAGGAGAUCCAAGAAGACUUGGGAGCUAGCUUCAGUGAAAUAGCAUUGAUUUCCUCUAUCAUGCUAGCUGCUAUGUAUGCAGGCGGACCAGUGAGCAGCGCCAUGGUCAAUCGCUUUGGAAGCCGGCCAGUUGUCAUAGUGGGUGGACUGAUGUGUGGGGUCUCUAUGGUAACCGCUUCUUUGGGGACCUCCAUCAUUUACCUCUACUUUUGCAUUGGUGUCAUUGGAGGUUGUGGACUCUCAUUAAACCUGAAUGCAUCUCUUAUCAUCAUCAGCAAGUAUUUCCUGACUAAGCGUCCUCUAGCCAACGGACUAGCCAUGGCCGGGAGUCCAGUGUUUCUAUGUAUCCUGGCUCCUUUUAACCAAUAUUUACUGGACAAUUUUGGCUGGAGGGGAAGUCUCCUUAUCCUCGGGGCUCUGAUGCUUCAUUGUUGUGCAGCUGGGGCCCUGAUGAGGCCUGUUACUCCGCCACACACGCUCUCUUCAUGUGCACUAGAGAAGACAGUGGAGGAACAACGAAAUAAUGGAAAGACCAGGCUGAAGAGAAGCUGUAUGAAGAGUGCUAAGACGUUCUUGGAUUUGUCCUUCUUCAAAGAUAGAGGCUUCGUCAUUUACCUCAUUGGGAACAUCAUGUUUAUCUUUGGUGCCUAUGCGCCCAUCGUGUUCCUGACUGCCUUCGCUAUAAGUAAAGGUGUAGAAGAGUACUCUGCAGCUUAUCUACUCUCUAUUAUGGGUUUUGUGGACAUGUUUGUACGGCCUGGAACAGGCUUGAUAGCCAACAGCAAGUGGAUCCGGCCCAGAAUCCAGUACUUCUUCAGCUUUGCCAUGGUAUUCAACGGCACAUGCCACUUACUGUGCCCUCUGAUCGAGAACUACGCAUUCCUGGUGGUCUAUGCUGUGUUUUUUGGCAUUGGUUUCGGAAUGGUUUUUGCCCUGAUAUUUGAAUGUCUGAUGGACCUGAUGGGGAGUCAACGCUUCCCUCGUGCUGUCGGACUGGUCACCAUCAUCGAGUGCUUCCCAAUGCUACUGGGACCACCUGCAGCAGGGUUACUGGUGGACAUCUACGGCGACUACAGGUACCUUUUCUUCAUGUGUGGCUCGGUAAUCUUGACUGGCGGCAUUUUUCUCUUUGUCAUGAACAUCUACAACUACCACAUGCUGGAAAAAGAGAAGCAGAACCAGGUAAGAGCCUCAGAGGUGGAGAUGAAACAGACCCCUGAGGCAGCCAUGGGACACACUGAGCCUGAGGCUCAAGAGAAGAAUGGAGUCCUGAGAGAUACCAGAUCUGAGAGAGCAGAAACACCAAAUUAAUGUGGAUUCAGUUGAAUUCGCUGGUCAAACACCAUGAAAUCAUUAUAGCUGAAGAGGGCCUGAAAACAGUGCCAGUCAAACUACUGACAGUGGUCAACAUUGUAGAACACAUGAAGGAGACAUGGUAUUGUUUCUGGUUAUCUUUGUCAUAUAUUUUCAUCUUUAGUUAGUUUUGUUUACAUCAUGACUUAUUUAGUUGUAGCGUUUCAGUUUUGACUUAACCUUUAACAAAAAUAUUAACCAUUCCACCACGUGUAAAAAAACAUUAUACAUCAUUUCAAUGUUUUUCUUUUACAUUUCUUGAUUUUGCACUUAUUCUUUUAGUCUCUCAAACAAAAGCCAAACACUAAUCAGCAUGCUUCAAUGCUGACGACAUUGACCAUCUUAAGGUAGUAUUUUAGCAUGCUAAUGUUAGCUUAUUAGCAGUAAAUGCCAAGAGCAGCUGAGGCUGGUGGGAAUGUUGUAAGUGUUGCAAAUUUGUAGACCCACCUGAGCAUGGUACUUGAUGAAAGAUUGAGACACACCUAAGUUCUUACUAUUAAUUCUGUUAAGAACAGGAGGCGUGUCUCGGACUGGAGGAAUUUUUUUACAGUUGUGAGAACAGUUAUUUUUACAGUUAUUUUUAUCACUUCAGGGAGGAUGAGUGGUUAUUGCUUAUUAUUAUUGGUGUUUAUUGGACCAUAGUGGGUACUCUCACAGCACAAGAGAAAUCUACAGUGACAAAAUGGACUGGUUUUGGCAUAAAUGUAGUUCAUAUGAUUGGACAUGGUACUCAAAGCAGCAUCAACAGCUAUCUUUAGAAUAUUUUCAGAAAUGAAGCAUGGACAAACAGUGAAAUUCUAAGUUUUCUCAGGGAGUCACCCAAACGUUUUACGAAAGUAUUCAUUUCCAACCAAAAGGUGUUGGGAUGAUCCUCUUCAAACCUUUAAUGUCAACAGUAUGUUGGUCAGAGGAUCACCGCAGUCAUACAUAUUCACUCAGUGCUGUGUCUUAUAAAACAUUCUCAGGAAAUCUUUGUAGACUUCAUAUCUGGAGAUCUUGAAUAUGAAGUGAGACUACUGAGAGACCUCCAUGUAUGAGAGUGAAUGUUUUUGUGAAUGUGUUCUCUAAAUGUCUCUUUCUGUUUUAAAGAUUCCUAACCGUUUAUUUUAAAGUAAACUAAUCUUACUAUGACAAUAUUAGUUUUUCUUGAGCAGUUCAGUGUUUAUAUUAUUCCUGUGAAACUGUGUUACACAUCAAAUACUGUAUGGAUGCUAGCAAAGACAUGUUAGUACCACAGGAUGUUUACCUGGAUGUUUACCUCCUCUUGAGUUUUUAAAAAAAGCAUUGUUAACAAACACUGUAAUGGUGACAUUGACUAAUUAUUAACAGCUUAUAAUACUGUCUUUUAACUUUUGUGUUAGUGUUUAUUUAAUUUGAAGUGAUGUGAGUUAACGUUGUUCCACGGUGAUGUAAUAAUAUUAUACUGACUUGUAGCAGUGACAUUCUUUAUUUUGGCAAGAAUGAAUCUGCAUGCACUGUAAACUGAUGUAAUGCUGUGUUUUAAAGCCCCUGAGUGAAUGUGUUUGUGAACAACAAAAACAGAAUGUGUAUUCCAAAUAAAUACCAAAAGCUAUUUUUUUUUAAAGGGGAUAGCAGCUUAUGUAUUUUAAAAUUUUAGAAUUUUUAUGAAAGCUUCAGUUGACUUCAGUCUAUUUUUUGUUGGUCUUUUUAUGCCUUUAUGUAGAAUAAGAACAGUGGAUAGAGUCAGAGUGGGGACAGACAUGCAGGAAAGGAGAC